AACAAGUUGAAGAAGAAGCUAUAUUUAAAAUGUUUUUUUAGCAUACUCUUAAAUCAUAUAGAAUUAUCGAAUAUACCAAAAACAUGACAAGCUAGAAAAAUUGGAAGUAAAUAACAGCGGGACCAAGAGAUGCAAACAAAAUGCAAUAGGUGUAAAAAUACAGCCUAUAUGAUUCAAAUUCUUGUGGCUAUCUACAAAUAAAAUCUCAUACAAGACAGAAAAACGAGAUACAUUGAUUUUUGUUUUUCUUCAUGAGAUCAUUCUACCACUCAAAAUUCAAUGAAGAGAAGAUAAGGUUUGGUAUAUUUUUGGGUAUAUAAAGAGUGGUAGAACAGAGAGAGUGAUGAAGAGAAGAGAAAUAUGGCAACAGCAAAUGGAAUUCCUGGUGGCAUCACCAAUGUGCCUGGAGCUCCCAACAACGUGGAGAUCGAACAUCUGGCUCGCUUCGCCGUUCACGAUUACAACCAUAAGAACAACGCAGCUUUGGUGUUUGUGACAGUGAUAAGUGCAAAGACGCAGGUGGUGAGUGGGGUGUUGUAUUACAUAACCUUGAUGGUCAAAAAUGGCGAAACCAAAAUCGUGUAUGAAACCAAAGUGUGGGUGAGAGAAUGGUUGAAGUCUAAGGAGGUGCUGGAAUUCAAAGUCGUCGACGAUUCAAUCGGAGAAGGAAUCGAUGGUGGAGUCAACGAUGUUCCUGCCGACACCCCUCACAUCCAGAAUCUCGGUCGCUUUGCCGUUGAUCAAUACAACAAAGACGAGAAUGCAAAUUUGGAGUUUGUGAAGGUGAUUGAUGCAAAGUUACAGGUAGUGGAAGGGUUCUUAUACUACCUAACUUUGGAAGCAAAAAAUGGUAAGAGUAAAAAUGUGUAUGAAGCGAAGGUGUGGGAGAGGUCAUGGAUCAACUCCACUCAAUUGCUCGAAUUCAAGUCUGUCAAUGAUGCUCUUUAAUCGUCUUUCCAUCGCAGAAUACCACUUUUCAAGACUACGUACUUAUACUAUGCAUGCAUGCUAUAAAUAAAUGUAACUCUUGUUACGUACCCACCACCACCAUGUAUUCUCAUCAACGUUAUCAUAUAAUUAUAACUAAUGUUUGUCAUUAUAUAUAUAAAUGUUUUUUA